UUGAAAGAGUGACAUGCAUUAAUAUUCCCCACAUACUUUGAAACGUUGAGCUUUUUCUUGCUAAGUAAAAUUACAAAACAUUAUGUCUCAAACACUUUCUAUUAUUGAUCUCACCAAAAUAGAGGAUUCAAAUUCUUGGGUAGAAUUGUGCAAUGACGUUCGCCAUGCACUUGAAAAUCAUGGUUAUUUUAUAGCACUUUAUGAUAAGGUUUCUUCUGAACUUGAGAAUGAAAUUUUUGAUGUAAUGGAUGAGUUGUUUGAUCUGCCCAUUGAAACAAAGAAGAAGAACUCUUCUGACUUUUAUUUCUAUCGAUGGGUUGGUCAGCUGGAGGCAGCUCCUCUUCAUGAAAGCUUUGGGAUUGUAUAUCCAACUGAUAUUCAAGCAUUACAAAGCUUCACUACACUCAUGUGGCCACAAGGCAACCACAUAUUUAGUGAAACAGUGACAUCGUACGUAAAGGUAGCAGCAGAACUAGAACAGUUGGUGGACAAAAUGGUGUUCGAAAGCUAUGGAAUAGCAGAAAGGCACUAUGAAUCUCAUAUAGCAGCCACUACAUAUCUCCUCCGUCCUACAAAGUACGCAGCGCCGCCACCGUCUGCGGAUGAUGACGGCGCCAAUAUUAAUAAUAUAGGUGCAAAUAUACACACAGACAAGAGCUUCUCCACACUGCUCUUUCAGAAUCAGAUUAAUGGUUUGCAAGUUGAAAGUAAAAGUGGUGAUUGGAUUGCCGUGAUGUCCCUCCUUCUGCAUUCGUCUUCAUGGCUGGUGAUGCUUAUGAGGCAUGGAGCAAUGGAAGAAUAUAUUCACCGCGGCACCAAGUGUUGCUGAAAGAGGAAAAGCAAAGGUGCACAUUGGCCCUGUUCACGUUUAACAAAGGAAUAACAGAUAUACCUGAGGAAUUAGUGGAUGAAACACAUCCUUUACAAUACAAGCCUUUCGAUAAUUUUGGACUAGCUUGGUACUACCUCUCUGGUGCUAACUCCAUGAUUCACAGCACUGCUAAAGCUUACUGCGGCAUCAAUACUACUGCAUCCAUCGCUUGA